AACAUUGCAAUCGAUUAACGAUAAUCAUAACAAAUAGUAGAGCGCGCACGUGGAAUACGCAGCGUCUUUCUAUCCGGCUGCAAAUCCUUAAAUAAUUGUCUGAAAAUAUGGUUUUCUUCACCUGCAAUAUUUGCGGCGAGUCCGUUAAGAAGCCUGCAGUAGAAAAACACUACCAGACAAAAUGCCGGGGCAAGACCAAAAACGUUUCGUGCAUGGAUUGCCUCAAAGACUUCUACGAAGAGGAAUAUGUAGCACACAUCAAAUGUAUUUCGGAAGCUCAAAAGUAUUCCAACCAAAACUUCGUGCCCAAGGAGCCAAAGAACAAGAAUGCACAGAAGCAGGAGAGCUGGAUGGACAUCAUACGCGCUAUAUUGGACAGCAGUGACUAUCAGCUGACGCCCCCGCUGCGGAGCGCCUUCCAGCGACUGCAGAGCGUGGACAAUGUGCCGCGCAAGAAAGCGAAGUUCGAGAACUUUGUGGGUAAUUGCAUGCGUAUGCCACGCCAGCAAGCAACGCAAGUGUGGGACAUACUCGAACAGGAGCUGAACAAAAUGAAGGCAGCCAAACAGGCCGAAUUAGAAGCAGCCAAGGCCGCCAAGGAGGCAGAUCUGAAGAAAAAGGAAGAAGAGGCGCCGCCCAAGAAAAAAUCUAAGCUGGAGCCAGCAGAACCAGCUGCAGCUGCAGCUGCUGAAGAAACCAACGAAUUCGACUGGGCAGCACAGCUGCUAAAGCUGGUAUCCAAGCAACCCGAUGGCAUUUUCCAAGAGAAGCUCAAGAAGAAGCUGCUUAAGAAAUACACAAAGCAUCUGGCUGUCGAGGAGCUAAGCGAGAAGCAGGCAAAGAAAUUUGACAAACGCUUUGACAAGCAGCUAAAAAAAUCGGACGCACUGCAGCUGGAGGGUGAUUUGGUUAAGAGCAUCUAGCAAAUAGUCUCUCACGAUCUAGCGUAAUUUAGACAGUAUGUUAACGUAACGUUAGAGAACAAUUAAAACUGUA